GCGCGCCCAGCCCGCCGAGAUGCCCGCGCGCGCCGGACACCUCCUCCCGCCUCGGCCUCGGGCCCUGGUCCCGGCCAUGCCGCCGCCGCCGCCGCCGCCGCUGCUGCUGCUGCUGCUGCUGCUGCUGCUGCUGGACGCCGGCGGCGGGCGGGGGGGCGCCCGGGCCCAGGAGCCUGGUGUGGCGGCGGAAGGGCCCCCCGCGGCCGGCGGCGGGGACGGGCAGGACCCGCACGCCAAGCACCUGUACACGGCCGACAUGUUCACGCACGGCAUCCAGAGCGCCGCGCACUUCGUCAUGUUCUUCGCGCCCUGGUGUGGGCAUUGCCAGCGGCUACAGCCAACCUGGAACGACCUGGGAGACAAGUACAACGGCAUGGAGGACGCCAAGGUGUACGUGGCCAAGGUGGACUGCACGGCCGACUCGGACCUGUGCUCCUCCCAGGGCGUGCGCGGCUACCCCACCUUGAAGUUCUUCAAACCUGGUCAAGAAGCUGUGAAGUACCAGGGUCCCCGGGAUUUCCAGGCCCUGGAAAACUGGAUGCUGCAGACGCUGAACGAGGAGCCGCCCACUCCAGAGCCCACGGAGGAACCGCCCCGCACCCCCGAGCUCAAGCAGGGCCUGUAUGAGCUCUCGGCCGGCAACUUCAAGCUGCACGUGGCGCAAGGAGACCACUUCAUCAAGUUCUUCGCCCCGUGGUGUGGUCACUGCAAAGCUCUGGCUCCGACCUGGGAGCAGCUGGCUCUGGGCCUUGAACAUUCCGAAACUGUCAAGAUUGGCAAGGUGGACUGCACGCAGCACUACGAACUCUGCUCAGGAAACCAAGUCCGAGGUUAUCCCACGCUCCUCUGGUUCCGAGACGGCAAAAAGGUGGACCAGUACAAGGGCAAGCGGGACCUGGACUCGCUGAGGGAGUACGUGGAGUCGCAGCUGCAGAGCGUGGGGCGGGCCGCCCCGGAGCCCGCCCAGCCCUCGGAGGCCCCGGCGCUGGCCGCUGAGCCCGCGGCCGACCAGGGCACUGUGUUGAUGCUGACGGAGAGGAACUUCGAUGACGCCGUCGCAGAAGGCAUAACCUUCGUCAAGUUUUAUGCUCCAUGGUGCGGGCACUGCAAGGACCUGGCCCCGACCUGGGAGGAGCUUUCCAAGAAGGAAUUCCCCGGCUUGGCAGAGGUCACCAUCGCCGAGGUGGACUGCACUGCCGAACGCAGCCUCUGCAGCAAGUACUCGGUACGAGGCUAUCCCACACUGCUGCUUUUCCGAGGAGGAGAAAAGGUCAGCGAGCACAGCGGGGGCCGCGACCUGGAUUCCUUGCACCGCUUCGUCCUGCGUCAGGCGAAGGAUGAGCUGUGAGCCCGGCUGGACGCCGCCUCGCGCCUGGCGCUGGGCACGACGGGGCGCCGUCCCUCGGCCGCUUCCCUGCAGUGGUGACUCAGAGAUCGGGAUAUACUGAACUCGUGCUGUCUUCUCUGUGUGUGUUUUUAAGCCAACACACCCUACAGAUUCUUAAGUUUCUCUAAGUAAAUGUGUAACUCACGAUCCCUUUGCAAACUAAAUAUUUUCGGUGGCGACCUACCAUCCGUUCCCUGCUUUAAUCUGCUCUUGGUGAAAUCGAAAUGGUUUCGAGACUAAAAUAGAGUCAAGGAAAACCCAA